CCGCCUCCCCCCAGCCUGUGGCAGGAGCGUUUGGCGCAGAGGGUCUGGCAGUCCCUCCCCUCCAUUUGAGGCUGGCCGGGGGUGGAGAGCCGCUCGGCUCUGUGUGCAUUCCUUCCUGGAGGCCAUGCCCUGUUCCUACUCCUCUCUGCCCUUCUCCGCCUUCUUUUCCUCUGCGCUCUCCUGCUCAAGCUGCUAUUUGCUUUCCACACUCAGGAAAGCAAAUCCAAAAAGGAAAGGACUUCCCGGCCCCGCCGGUCAUCUAUGGCUUGUCCAGUCAGUGCCUGCUGCUGUCGACAAGCUUCUGCCUCAUCCUUGUUCUGUUAACUCCGACCCCACCCCCUGUCUGGAACUUGGCCAGCUUGGAUCUCCACCCCGCCACCUUCCUGCUGAGCAGCUGAGAAGCCAGAAUGAAGCAAGGCACAGUUGGGUACCUGCUGGCGGCUGCCCUCUUCUGCUGCACCCAGGCCAGGUCCUCUCCCAGGCAGCCACCAGCAGGAGCGGUGCCCUUUGAGGAAGUCUGGAGUCGCAGCUACUGCCAUGCCAGGGAGACGUUGGUGGAUGUCCACAGCGAAUUCCCCCACGAAAUUGAGCACAUCUUCAAGCCCCCAUGCGUCCCCCUGUGGCGGUGCGCCGGCUGCUGUGGGGACGAGAGCCUGGAGUGCGUUGCUGUGAAGACCCGCACCAUUGGCCUGGAGGUGCUGCGGGUGAGUCCCCUCUCGGGCACGACACGGCAGGAAGAGCUGACCUUCACGGAGCACAUGCAGUGUGUCUGCCGGUCUCGGCGAAAACGCUUGAAGAGCGAGAAGAACCCCCGGAUGGGAGCCAAGAGGAAGCCGCGAGAGCCAAGCCCCCCCUUCUCCCCCCCACUCCUGCCAGAAAGUUGGAGUGGGGACCCUGUGUCUGUGUGCCACAGCUGCAGUGGGGCCUGGGGUCCCCUGAGUCCCCGGCCACGUGCCUCAGCUUUGGAUUUCUCUAAUGCUGGGCAAAUUCCUUUGACAGCUGCAAGCUUUCCACGGGCAGACGCAGUGCUGUGA